AUGCUGCCCGCGGCCGGUCCCAGCCCCGGGCUGACCUGUGGGCUUGUGCUCGUCGCCGCCGUGCUCCUGCAGUCCGUCUGCGUGGCCGUCACCUUCCUCUACUUCACCAACGAACUCAAACAGCUCCGGGACACAUACUCCAAGAGUGGCAUUGCUUGUCUCACCGGGGAGGAAAUGGGAAAUUUCAUCCAAAACUUGGAUCUAAUAGAAAGCGAAGACAGAGUGGCUGAUCCCUGCUGGCAAGUAAAGUGGCACCUGGGAAAGUUAAUUAAAAAGAUGAUGUCAAGAAGCUACAAGGAAAACGUAUCUGCAGUCAAUGCUGAAAGAGCUCUGACUCUGUCACAGAGUGAGGGGCAGCAACCACGUGCUCCCAUCAACAGGAUUGCAGCGCAUCUGACGGGCAACAGCAAUAGGAAGAAUUCCCCAUCCCCACGCAUAGAUUCCUUGCCCAGAAGAGGCAAUGGACACAAAAUAAGCAACUGGGAAUCAAGGAAGGGGCACUCUUUCCUUUACAACGUGGAGCUGAGGAAUGGCGAGCUGGUGAUACCCCAGACAGGCUUCUAUUACAUCUACUCACAAACCUAUUUCCGCUUCCGUGAGAACGAGAACGAGGAGUCAGAUUUGUUGGUACAAAUCAGGAACCCCAAACAGCUUGUCCAAUAUGUUUACAAACUGACUAAUUACCCAGAGCCCAUUUUGCUGAUGAAAAGUGCAAGAACAAGCUGCUGGUCCAAAAAGGCAGAAUAUGGACUUUACUCCAUUUACCAAGGCGGUGUCUUUCAGCUGAAAAGAGAGGACAGGGUUUUUGUCUCUGUCAGCAACAGUGACAUAGUUGACAUGGACAAAGAAGCAAGUUUUUUUGGAGCCUUUAUGAUUGGUUAA